CUCUAGAAAAAAGCAGCAGGUCGAUGGGAUUUGAAGAUUGAUUUAUAUUUCUUAAAAUUGAUUGUGAUAUAAUCUGAAAAAUGAUCUCGCCGCGUGUCCUCAAGUGCAGAGCACUUUUUCCUCCUGUUCAGUCCUUGAUACUGGUGAGGCAAAACUCAUCAGGAAUGACAGCAUCUGUGCCAAAAGGACCACCCCUGAAACAUGUUCAGUCCCGGUGCGAUAAUAUUGUCAAGUCGACAAAUGACAAAAGGGAUUACAGAGGCCUUAUUUUAAAUAAUCAAAUGAAAGUUCUUAUAAUAAGCGAUCCAACCACAGACAAAAGUGCUGCCUCAUUAGAUGUCAAUGUUGGUCACAUGAGCGAUCCACCAGAAUUACCGGGACUCGCUCACUUUUGCGAGCACAUGUUGUUCCUUGGAACGAAAAAAUAUCCCGAGGAAAAUGAUUACAAUAUGUAUCUUUCGCAAAAUGGAGGUGGUUCAAACGCAGCAACAUACAUGGACCACACGAAUUAUUAUUUCGAUAUAAAUCCCGAUAAUCUCGAGGGAGCUUUAGACCGAUUUUCUCAGUUUUUUCUCCAUCCUCUCUUUACUGAAUCUGCAACGGAACGAGAAGUGAAAGCUGUUCAUUUUGAGCACGAGAAAAAUUUGGCGAACGAUACCUGGCGUUUGAAUCAACUGGAUAAGUCAUCAGCAGAUCCAAAACAUCCAUAUUCUGGAUUUGGAACUGGCAGUAAAGACACACUGGAUAUUAUUCCUAAACAGAAAAAUAUGGAUGUUCGCCAGGAAUUGCUUAAUUUUCACAAUAAAUGGUAUUCUGCGAAUAUCAUGGCGUUAAGUGUUCUUGGCAAAGAGAGUUUGGACGAUCUCGAGAAAAUGGUUGUGGAAAUGUUUGCCGACGUGGAAAAUAAAAGCGUCAAAGCACCAAAAUGGCCUGAGCAUCCUUUUCACGAGGAACAUUUUCAGUGCAAAUGGUUCAUCGUACCAAUAAAAGAUGUCCGAAAUUUAAACAUCACUUUCCCAAUCCCUGAUCUACAGGAACAUUACCGCUCAGCACCUGCGCAUUAUUUGUCGCAUUUAUUAGGACACGAAGGGGAAGGAUCAUUGCUCUCGCUUCUGAAAGCUAAGGGCUGGAGCAGUUCUCUCGUUUCUGGAAGGCGAACUGCUGCUAGAGGUUUCGACUUUUUCAGUGUUUAUGUUGAUUUAACGGAAGAAGGUCUCGAUCAUGUUGAUGACAUCGUAACCAUGACCUUCCAGUACAUCAAUAUGCUCAAAAAGGAAGGACCCGUCGAGUGGAUAUUUAAUGAAUACAGGGACAUUGCGACCAUGAAUUUCCGUUUCAAGGAGAAGAAUUCCCCUCGUAAUUAUGUGAGUUCUACAGUACAAGCUCUGCAGGAAUUUCCAAUCAGUGAAGUUCUAAGCGCUCCUCGUCUUUUCACUGAAUGGCGACCAGAACUUAUUGAUCUCGUUCUCGGUUACUUAACUCCAGAAAAUAUCCGAGUUCAAGUGGUGGCGCAGGCUUUUGAAGAAAUGGCGACAGAAGUCGAGCCCUGGUAUCAGACGAAAUUCAAGAAGGAAAAAAUACCUGCGAGUAUCAUAGAAAAGUGGAGUAAUGCUGGAUUCAAUUCUGAAUUAAAAUUGCCUGCGAAGAACGAGUUUAUCCCUACUGAAUUCGAUAUUAAGUUGGAUAAUUCUGUUGUGGAUAAAUUUCCGGUAAUUAUUGAAGAUACGCCCUUGAUGCGGGUUUGGUUCAAACAAGACGACGAAUUCCUCUUGCCUAAAGCGAAUCUAACAUUCGAUUUCGUCAGUCCGCUGGCUUAUCUCGACCCAGUCAGUUGUAACAAUACCUACAUGUUUGUCCAACUCUUCCGAGAUUCUCUAACCGAAUACGCUUACGCUGCGGACUUGGCUGGUUUAAAAUGGGAACUCAGUAAUAGUAAAUACGGCAUUACUCUGGCAGUUGGAGGCUAUGAUCACAAACAACUUGUCCUAUUAGAAAAGAUUAUGGACAAAAUGGUCAGUUUCUCGAUAGACGAGAAAAGAUUUGAGAUCUUGAAGGAAAACUUCAUCAGAGGGUUGAAAAACUUUGAGGCUGAACAACCAUAUCAGCAUGCAGUUUAUUAUCUCGCGGUUUUGCUGGCAGAACAAGUUUGGGUUAAGGACGAAUUGCUAGAUGCAAGUUCUCGUUUGACGGUGGAAAGUGUGCGAGAAUUUAUUCCUCAACUUCUUACAAAAAUGCAUGUUGAAUGUUUGAUCCACGGAAACGUAACGAGAGACGAGGCUUUGAAAACAGCAGGACUUAUCCAAUCGAAAUUAACUAAUCCAAACGAAUCCCAUAAAGGAACGAUUAUACCCCUUCUACCCAGCCAAUUGGUCUUGUUUCGAGAAGUUGAUUUAGAACACGGUCGCCACUUUUUGUACGAAAUCGUGAACAAACUCCAUAAAAGUUCCUGCACCGAGGUUUAUUACCAGAGCGGAUUACAAUCAACGGAGUCAAACAUGCUUCUCGAAUUAUUCGCUCAAAUUAUUUCCGAGCCAUGCUUCAAAGUUUUGCGAACAGAUGAGCAAUUAGGAUAUAUUGUUUUUAGUGGAAUAAGAAAAACAAACGGAGCUCAAGGUCUGAGAAUUAUUGUACAAAGCGAUAAGCAUCCUAAGUACGUUGAGGAAAGAAUAGACAAGUUCAUGGAAUCGAUGCAGGAGCAUAUAACGAAAAUGGAGGAUGAGGAGUUUAACAAGCAUAAAGAAUCGCUGGCUGUGCAAAGACUUGAAAAACCGAAGAUGAUGGGAACAUUAUCUGCAGUCUUUUGGAAUGAAAUCUCCUCUCAGCAGUACAAUUUCGAUCGAGCGAAUAUCGAAGUUGCUUAUUUGAGGACAAUCACUAAAGAGCAGAUCCUCAAAUUCUUCGAGAAUGUGAUUCACGCCAAUUCGCAAUUCAGGCAAAAAUUGUCAGUCCACGUCGUUUCAACCGCGGAAGGUGGUUGUGGAUUAACCGAGGAAACUGGAGCAACGAAAAAGAGUGAAACUGAAGAACCAACUCGAAUUAGUGACGUCGUUUCCUUCAAAUCGAGCCAGUCCCUCUAUCCACUUUUGCAGCCAUUUAACAAUGUUCCGAGGAAGGGAACGCGCUCAAAGUUAUGAGGUUCAAUCAGUAAUUCAAAAUUAGCGGCACUUUCAAAUCUUGAAAUGAUAAACGAAAUUUUUUAGAAGAUCAAUUUGUCUCGGAAAGAGGCCAGAUUCUUUCGAUGUAAAUUUUUAUCUGAGAAAUUCUUCAUCAUUCUGUUAGCUAGUAAUUUUAAGUUUUAUAAGAUGUAUGGUUUUCCGGGAACUGACUGCUGUUAUGCUUCAACUUUGAUAGAUUCUGAUAGUUGAAUGGAACCAUAAAGUACGUACAUUGUGAAUCGCAGGAUUUUAUAAAGGUAACUUUUUAAAUGGGAUGCAUUUUUUACGAGAGUCGAAACAGAAUCAUCACUUAGGAAUAUAUAAUUAAGAUAGUGAGUCAAAUUUUUAGUUUAUUUAGGAGAAAUUCUACUAAAGUAGAUAUUCAUAGAUGAAUUGCCUAGAACUUUCUAGUUUCAAUAUUAAUCACUGAAGCUAAAAAGCCCAGUAUCAGAUUGUAAAUAGUUAAUGAUUUAUUGAAUAAUCAAUUCUCAUUUCUUCUUGAAAGUAUAAUUUGAAAAUAUUGUUAAUCGAAUAAUCUAGAAGCAAUGAAUUUUUAUAUAUUAUUUUCUCUGUAUUAAAUCUAUCAUUUUUUAACGGCGACACGAUUUGACAAGCCUUAGAUAACAGUUCACUUAAUUAAUUGUUUAAAUAGGAAAAUUAUAUAAAUUCAUAAUAUAGUUCUAAACUAUAUCGAAUUGAUGAGAUUCGUAAUGAGAAAUAGAUUUCUUUACCGAGUGCAAUGUGAAAGAAUACAUCUGUGACUUUGAAAAGUUUGAAAAAAUGAAUGGGCAAUGAAAAGUAAGUAUUGGUAACUGUAGAUAAAGUAUGAUAUUCAUGCGUGAUUAAGUAAAUUUAGUAGUCUUACAAUGUAAUAUUUAUAAUAUAAUAUAGAGAAAUCACAAAGUGCCGUGAUGAGAAGUGAAAGUGUGCGUUAUUUGGCUUGAGAAUAAAUUAAAAGAUAACAGAAGUA